AUGUCUCCGGUCUCCCACUCCAAUCCUACAUUUCCUCGAUCGCACUCCUCGCCAAAUCUGCCCGAGUUGAUCAAAUUCGAACCGUAUCAACGACCGGAGACAAGGCCUGAUGAAAUACUCCUCCGGUCUGCGAGUUUUAGCUGUUUAACGGAGCUGGAACCUCAGAUCCAGUCAGAGAAAGAACUACAAAGGAUAGUAUCGGCGGACAUUCCUCCGGAAUCUGUUGGAGAAAAUGGGGCAUUGAAGAAGAAGAAGAAGGAAGAGAAGACUGGCCUUCCACUGUCGAAGGACCAACAGGAGGAACGUCCAAAGUUGGAGAGAGUAGGCAGGAGAAAGUCCUUGGUCGCUCGGCCCAAAUCCUGGAUACAAAAGGUCAAGGGGGGAUCACCAGAGCGGCAGAGUGCUCCGGACCCGCACAACACAACACCAGCCGAUGCUCCUCCAGUUCCUUCCAUUUCGAAAUCAUUUCGUGACAAGUCUGUCUCGGCGUCCUUUGCAACAUUCGCUCGGAAGUCAUGGAUGGCCUCGUCAAGGUCCCCAUCUCCAAACCGGAUACCCGGGAAGGAAAUAGAUAAAGAUGGACAAGCUGUGGAAGAGGCGAGUACAUCGGGCAAUGCGAGGCCCAGGCCAAUCUCUCGUCGGUCUCUAGGACUGGGCACCAGGCUCGACAAAGCCCCCUCUAAUAAAAGCCCUGACACCACCCCGAAACUUGCGAAAAUGGGUUCCUCAUUGAUGAAAAUGAAGCAGAGACCGCAAAGUGUACUCAUGAAUUUCACAACCUUUACUUCCGCAAACUCGUCCACGAGCAGCCUUCCGGGCAGCUCCAUGGACACCCGGUCAACACCUAGGACAUCAACUGAUAAAAUUCCCCCUAUUCCGAAAGCACCUUCAGCCGAAAAACUCCAAAGUCUGGGGGAUGCUCCUAAGCGGAGAGAUGAAUUAUGGUCAGCCUUUCGGUCAAUAGAAAAUGAUUUUGCAAAAUUCCAAGCCAAAACAUGGUCAUUGAAGACGAAUGUGGUUAGGUCAUCACUCUUACCCUUUCUCCGAAAUCACGCCUCCCAUCCUUCCAACAAGACCCUGCGCCCCGAAGAUCUGGAUAGGCGAAUUAUAAUCUUGAACAAGUGGUGGGCUGGGCUUCUGGAGGUUCUAGAUGGAAGGCAAAACCAAACAGUCAGUGGUGUAGAUCGCCCAGUACUGCUAGAUGCAUGUUAUGCAAUUAUGACUAGGCCAGAAUGGAGGUUAGCCCCGUCAGUUUUUGCUCCCCUAUCAGAACGGUCUCCGAGUCGGUCUCCUGAACACCCUUCCACUAUGUCGAAGAAGAAAUCAUCCGCUUCUCUGAACUCUUCGGUCACUCAGUUUCUUACAGAAUCAGUCUAUCACAAUGUUCGUAAUUUGUUCAUCCAGAAUCUACUUGGUCAAAUGAGCUUUGUGGUUGAUAAAAUGUCCCUUAGACAUGCCCCGGCAAGUCUUGUGACAUUUUGUGGGAAAGCCGCUGCGUAUGCUUUCUUUUUUGUGCCUGGAGUGGCCGAAGUAUUGGUUAGGGUAUGGAAAUUGCAAGCCGAUAUGCUUCGAAGGGUGGCAGACGAGCUUGGGAUGCCUAGGAGACCCAAUAAGGUCGAUCUGGAUGACGUGAUUGGUGCUUUUCCGUCCCAUAUCCAUUGCUUGGGGUGGACAUCACCGAAAACCAUGGCUGCUCAUUUACGUCAGACUCCCGAACUGGCGAUAAUGGUGUCAAAAAUUCCGUUCUAUGGUCCUUGGACGGCUCGUUGGUGUGGCAGAGAUAGUGAUUUGUUUUUCGUAUUUGCAAAACAUUAUCACAUACUGGCCGAGGAAUUUUUGCCCUCAGAUCUCUCUCUGGUGGGCAAAGCUCGCGCUCCAGGUUUUGUAUUAGUACAGGCGCAGAUCUUGACGGCAUUGGACGCUACAAUCCAUCGACAGCCGGCAGCCGAACCGCUUCCAAUUACAUUUGACGAUGUUCUAGCUGGAGCGGAUGCUAGCGCAGCGGCCCUCCCAUUACCGUCAAACAAUUCUACAAGGCUAAUGGCUGAGAAUCGAUUGAUCAUGCUUUUGCGGGAUUUUAUAUCCGAACGACCCUCCGAUUAUGACCUUGCUAGGACGACAUUUGCAGAGGCGUUUGGCAGUAUGAUGCGAGCAGCGGCUCGGAAAACUUCCCUUUUUGACCAUAACGCUUGCUUUGUGUUGUGCGAUUUUAUGGAAGAGGCUUUGAACAUAUUUGUUCGGUUCCAUCUUGCAAAUGGAUUAGAGUCUGACUUUAUUGACUGGUACUUUUGGAUGGAUGUAUGCAAGAAAAUACUUGAGAGUGAGAAUACCAUGUCUGAGAUUCGUCUCUUCGCCUUUCUGUACGGAGCUUGGAAUUUAAUUACGAGCGACGAGCACCGAAAGGAGGUCAUGUGCUUCGAGUGGCUUUUGACUGAAGAUACCUUUUAUAGAUUCUUCAAUCACUGGUGUCCGAUGGUCAGGGCAUAUUACAUGCGCCUGCUGUGUUGGCGACUUUGUCGGGAUGAUGGAGAAGCCACUGAUCUCGAUACGCAAAUCUAUAAAACAGUCUCAACCAGGAUCAAGUCCACCUGGGCCCAUUACCUCCACCUGAAACUAACUGCCGAGAAAGCACGCAUGUUACCUCCAUCAACAGCACCAUGCCACCCCGCUCCCGGGCGACGCCUUCUUAUCAUUCGCAAUGAUAACCAAUCCCCUGCUGCGAGCCUCCUAGGCUUCGACGGGAUCAUGCCUUCUAACAACACUCCUGGAACCACACAACCCACCGCUUACAAGCGAAAUUCUUCAUUGACCACCAGCCUCACAAAACUCGAGACGGCAGAUUCCGCGAAUCCCAAGCUAACUUCCGAUUAUGUAUCAUCCACAGGGCCAAACAAAAAGCGUUGGACAUUCAUGGGUAGAACUCUACCUCUCUCUCUGUCUUUACCCGAACCCGCUGCCGCCUCAUCACCAACAAAUGGAAGAGGCAGCCCCACGAAAACUCAAACCCUCGAAGAAGCCCGCCGCGAAACAGCAAUGGCCCGGACCCGACCACAAUUACACCCCCAGACUUCCAGCUCAGACAGCGAGACUCCACCCGCAACAUCCACCCACCGAGCAUUCUGCUUCAAAUUUAGCCUUGAAUGGAGCCAGCAGUUUGACAAGCCCCAGCAAGGACAAACACAAAACGGCAACAUGCGCGGAGGACCAACUUUUAACAUAGGCGCUGAACGACGUCUUUCCCCUCCUCGAUUACCAGCUCCUGCGCAUGCUUGGCUAGGAGCGAGAGUUCCAGGAAUCAGCAAUGAAAUCUUGCCUAAAGAUCCCAGCGCCGUCAACGAAGCGGAUAUAAUCAACGGCGUCGUGCCCAAAAGCGCCGAGAAAGCCGCGCGCGCAAAGUACGCCGGCCGAGCACUGGCAGAAUGGGCGCUUAUAGUAGGAGAGUGUAAUAAUUUUGUGGAGAGAAGACGAACAGAAGGCGUGCCAUCGUUGCGGUGGGUUGAAGUGCCUACUUUGGGCGUUGAGGGGUUCCGGCGCUUUGGUUGA